AUGUCGUCGUCAGAAGGAGCCCCGGAGUCCUGGAUCUCCUCGUUCUGUUCAUUGAUGGGCCAUGAGUUCUUUGCCGAGGUCUCGGAGGAUUUUAUUGAGGAUGACUUCAACCUUACGGGUCUGCAGUCGCAGGUGCCCAUGUACAAAGAGGCGCUGGAGAUGAUCCUUGAUGUGGAGCCGGAAGACGAUGAGGAAGAGGAGGAAGAGGAGGAGGAAGAUGAAGAUGAAGAUGAAGUGCUGGGGGAUGAACGCCCAGCGUAUCGGAGGGCAGGCGACCGGCGACACGCCCGUGUAGCCAGUGAUUUGAGUGUCAUCGAGAGCUCCGCUGAGCUGCUGUACGGGCUUAUCCACCAACGCUACAUCACCUCGCGGCCGGGCAUUCAACAGAUGCUGGAGAAAUACGAGAUGCAACAUUUUGGUGUCUGCCCGCGCGUCAACUGCAAUGGAUGCAAAGUUCUCCCCGUGGGCCGAUCCGACACCCCCGGUCAGGAGACGGUCAAGCUAUUUUGUCCCGGAUGCAUGGAUAUCUACACGCCGCCCAACAGCCGCUUUCACUCGGUCGACGGUGCAUUCUUCGGCACGACUUUUGGAUGUCUGUUCUUUAUGACGUUCCCUGACUUGGAUAUUGGACCACGCCUCGACACGUCGCUGUCCACCAUGUCGCCUCGAAACCCAGUUCAGCCCGCGUCUUUUACCCGAUCCCCGCAAUCUCAGUAUGACUUGGAGACGCCUACACCAGAAGACCAGCCGGUAGAGAUCAACGGAGUCCGGACGGCGAAUCUCUGCCCCGGAUUGGGGCGAGGCAAGAUCUACGAGCCGAAGAUCUACGGGUUCAAGGUCUCGGAAGUGUCUCGGGUCGGCCCGCGCAUGAAAUGGCUCCGGAUGAAGCCCAAGGACAUUAUGGAGCUGGACGAGCUCUGGAGACACGAGAAUUUUGCCUCGCAGGAAAACCAAGGGCGCGGAGCGGAUCGGGACGGCGAUACCGAAAUGAACGCCGCAAAAUCACAAGAAGUAGCGAUUGCCAACCGCAAGAAAGCGCCGAUGCGACGCCGACGACGAAACCUGGGCGAGCCACCCCACUCGGACCAGAUGAGCAUUCAGGGGGCCUGA